AUGCUAUCAGGCGAGGAGUCCUCCUCGAUCUCGAGCUCUGGAAAUUCAUCUCCCUACGAGAAACUCCCUCGUGAAACCCAGGAGUACCCACUAGAGAUUCUCCACCAUGAAAGUUUCGAGGCCAGCCACUUUGUGCCGGUAGCUCGCGGGAGCGCCGAUUCGGCACGAGCCGGUCAGGAACACUGCACGAGGGAGCCACUCUUGCCAGUCUACGAGCAUCAACAACAAAAUCGCACACCUCCAAGGCGAUUUUCGUGUUCCGUAUCUGCCAUCUGGUCAUGGGUACUGGGGCCUUCGCCCCCUCACAUAUAUCAGAUCAGACCUUUGCUGCCCCGCUGGCAGACGGCGCCGGGCCGUUUAGUAGAGAGAUUCUUUCCCAGGACUAUCAGCAAGGUCUUGCUGCUUUUGUCUUGCCUGGCUUUCUGGGGAGUGGUUUUCAUAGCAUCGCUACAACCUGCAAUUGCCGGCUCGGAUGUAACGGGUUACGGGCAGCCCGUUAAGUUAUCCUGUCACAGUCGACUAUGGUCAAAUGCGACCAACUGUGGUCUAGACGGUGACGCAUGCCGUCCGUUUGAUGACGGCGCCUUUGCGUUCCGCUGCCCUGCGACUUGUUCGGCUGCAAUGCUUCUCGAACCAUACUUCAUUGGCCCGCAGGAGAUCAAUUACCGGACUCUGGUCAUCGGUGGGGAGCUCGGCGGUGGAAAUGGCAGCGACUACGGUGUGUAUCGCGGGGACUCUGCCAUUUGUCCUGCUGCGCUACAUGCGGGACUCAUUAGUGAUGCCAAAGGCGGCUGCGGGGUCCUCCGUCGGACGGGCGAACAGUCCAACUUUCUAUCUUCAGAGAGGAACGGUAUCUCAAGCAUUGCAUUUCCUUCCAAUUUUCCUUUGUCCUUCACUUUUGAUGGGAAAAAGUCCACAGACGACGGGGGUCUUGACUGCCAGGACAUCCGUUGGUCGCUGUUCGCCUUCUCCGUGGUAGUCUCAGCAUUGCUCUCACUUUCCAUCACGUCGCCAGCUGCAUUCUACGCUUCGAUGUUCUUCAUCGUCUACUUCCAAGUUGCGCUUUCGUCCGAUCCACCCUAUUCUCCGAACUACUACGAGCUCAUCUCCAUCGCCCUAGGCAGAUUCCUCCCUUGCGCUUUUGUCGGCUUCGCCUUGUACUAUUUCUGCGUCAGGCACACCCUAAAAGAUCUAGAUGCCCACUGGGAUAAGACCAUGCUCUGGCUGGGGCCUUGCUGGGUUGGCGCCCUCAACACCGACACCUUCGACAAGAUCCCCAUAUCCCGCCUCACACCCCACGAUAUCCAACAGCAGCCCGGCGCCGUACCAGCCCUAAUCAUCAUCGUCGCCAUCCUAUGCGGUAUCGUCAUCACCCAGGCCAUCGCCUUUCGCAACGAAGGCCGUCUGCCAAAAAUGCUUGCCAUCUACGGCGUCCUGACCGCCAUCGUUCUCGCGCUCCUAGUUGUGCCACACAUGAACCUCCGCAUCCACCACUACAUCCUCAGCUUGCUCUUUCUCCCCGGGACGACCUUGCAGACGCGGCCAAGUCUGUUGUAUUCGGGACUCCUGGUGGGAUUGUUCAUCAACGGAAUCGCCCGCUGGGGGUUCGAUAGUAUUCUCCAGACGCCUGCCGCGUUGCUCGACGGCGCGCAGCUGGGAAGUGCGCUUCCGCAGAUCUCCACGCCUCUGGUUGUAUCUGCGCAGGAGAUCGUCUUCACUUUCCUGAAGAAUUUGACUUCCGCGGCGGAUGGCAUCAGUGUGCUUGUCAAUGACGUGGAGAGGUUCCGUGCUUUCCGGUCAGGGGAUGGGUCAGUAGAAUCCUUCAAUUGGACGAGACGGCGGGCAGAAGAACCUGAAUAUUUCCGCUUCGGGUAUAUAAAAUUGAAUGCGUUGGGUGGACUGUGGUAUGAAGAUUUUACAAAGCCAGUCGUUUGGGACGUUGAUGGGAGUUGGAAUCGCUCGGCUCCGACUUAG